AUGGAUAUUACUCCAGAAAUCAUCUCUGAGAUCCCUUCAAAUGAGCCAAUGGAGAUCUACCAAGAGGAUCAAAAGUCGUAUCCUAGGCUCGCACCUAAAUCCAAAAGCGAAAGCUGGUGUUAUGUCCAUUUCCGGGCAUCAGACAAAGCCGGUGUCCUUGACAAAGCCAUUGUUCGCCGCAGACCUGCUACUCAAAGAACCAGCGCCAAUCUACUUCGCGCAACACCUACACGCACAGAAUUAGAAGCCGACGGAGAACUAGAAGUCGAAGCAGAAAUCAUGGAGCUGUUUGCGAAGCCUCCGCCUCUAGGUAGAAUCCGAAACAAAUGCUGGGUGGAUCUCAGGGAAAGAUAUGCGAACUCUGCUCAGAAGCAAUGGGUUGGAAAGGAUAGGUGGAAUGUAAAAGAAGUUGACGCAUAUAGCAAACCUAACUCGGACUUCCUGUUCUUUGAACUCUUCCCCGCUGAAAUUCAAAUGCGAAUCUUCGAAGAACUUGCGUCAUAUGAUCGUUUCAUCGAGAUCGAGCGGCAGUAUAGCGAUCUAGACCCUAUUCCUUACUGGCGUUCGCACUCCACGAGAAUCGAAGGCACUUCGGGCUGGCACCGGGAUGUAGGCGCACGAUUUCACCAGUACUUCCGAGUCAGUCAGAAAUCUCUCCGCCCUCCUCUCUUCUUCAACAUAUCCCAGGCCUCUCGAUCUAUGUUCAAGAAACUGUAUAGCCAAAUGCGUUUCGACAAUCUUGACCCUAGAUCCGAAGCAGCUAAGUCUAGUCGAAUCAUCUGGUUUAACCCGAAGACAGACAUCAUCUUGUUCUGGGUAAAUACAUGCACCACGACGCUGAAGGAGUUCUGUCAAUUCACACACAAGGCUGAUAUCGAGGUGCCGCGUAUUGCAUUGAAGCGGAAUAGUUUAUGCUGCCACUGGAGCCAAGACUUUGACCAAGAACAUGCAGACUUUGCAAUCGUAUAUGGAGAAUACCCCGAGCCUGGUAUGGAAGCUAUCGAGUUCUUACAUGGUAUUGAUCCCGACGAAUUCCUACCCGAGCCUGCCUGGACAGCAUCGACAGUGAUGACAUCUGCUCAGCAACUGGAAAUGAAACGCACCUUCCCAGGCUGCAAGGGGUUCAGAGAGUUACUCAUGCUUGGUACGACCGAUAUAUUCGGACCACCACGUGCUGGAAUGGUUGAUGAGAAUACUGUUGCUCGAGUUAACCAUGACAAAGUACAUAACUACUGCGACAUGUUGACACUCAAAUUCGCUAAGAGGCAGCAAAGGCGCAUCGAAAACAAGAAACGUUUGACUCGUCUUACAGAGACCGUACCGCGCUGGACUGCCCUCGAAGAUCCCCCAAAGAUCAGAGUCAUGCAACUUGCUCAACGAAAUCUCGAUUUUCCGCCCAACUGGAACUACCGUGUGGAUCAGUAUUUGAGAAAAGACGUGAAACUCAUUGUCCCAUCGAAUGAUCUUACUUUCCUGAAGAUUAUUGCAGUCAACAACAAUUGCCAAAUCCAGGUCCAGACAGCUGUCGGUGAACGAGGAGAUCCUGACGAAGGACUUAUCAACUAUAUGGAGAUAGGCAUCAUAGGUCCCACGGAGAAGGCUACAUCCAAAGCCUCUCGCGACAUCUCAGACCUGAAGAUCUGCUCGCGCCAUUUCAGCACCCUCAGCCCAUCUCGAACACAUUCACUUUUUCCUUUCCCUGUGCUCGAGACAGGCAAGGUUAGGUUCGACACUAAUUCAUUCGAUUUCGAGAAGCUGAUCAGUACUCAGAUUAUGCAGAUCACCGUCCUUAAUAUUUCGCGCUCGGAAGGAGAUCGUGACGAUGAUCAAACAGCUGGUAAUGCCAGAAUGAAGAACAAGAGUAUCGACGAAAAAGGGUAUACUGUACCAAAUACUUUCCACUGUUUCCCUACCCUGCCAUCUGAGCUCCGUCUGAAGAUCUGGAGCAUGGUCGCCAACCAACGGCGCAUCAUAGAGUUCAGACACACUGGAAAUAGACCUCGUGUUUGUUCUCGGUCUUCCAAACCACCCGCUGUACUUCACACAAAUUACGAGUCUCGCACCGAAGGACUAAAAUUCUAUGAGCCUCGAGAAUUUGACAAGAGACAAUUACCUAAGAAGUGCUACUACAAUCCCAAAGCAGACAUCUUAUUGAUUGGUAGAGACUCUGACACUGCAGCAAUCUAUUACACUUUCCAGAGAUACCGCCGUGAUGGACCUAUUCCUCGCGUGGCAGUCAUGCUGACCGAUAUUUGCGAAAAGGGAGGUACGGUGUGGAACCCUACCAAAAGGACGUAUGAGAAGUUGAGCAUCUUGCAAGCUAUCCACGGAUUUGCCGAGGACAUUCCAGGCGUCGGCAGCCAGCGAAGAGGUGGCUGUGUCGGAUUGAAGGAAAUAUCGUUUAUAGUCGACUCCAGUCUCUGGCCAGUCGCAGCAGGAAAGAUCGACAGCUCGACUACAUUUCGUCCAGCGAUUCGCGAGGCCCUAGGUAGACGUGACGCUCUUCUGAAACUCAGACUGUGUAAUGAGAUCAGCGGACUCGUUAAAAACUUGGGUUUGGACGGCAAAAAUACUUGGGUUGGGAAAGAUAAACCAACCUUGAAAUUCGUGAGCUUUGCACCGACAUCUGUGUCAGGAGAAGUGUACGAUGGUUUGGCGGUAGACUUGGAAAAUAUGUCGUUACUGGAGAAAAAUGACUGGGCAGUCAUUAAGCAGCUUGAAAGCUCAACUGGCUGCAAAUUCGAGAUUCCAGGAGAGGAGUAUUUGGGUGUUAGCGAGAUUGGGUUGUUUGGUGAGCGAAAGAACGUCUCCGCAGCUAAGAGGGAAAUUUUGAAGCUAUUGGAAGACACACCGAGCUUCUCUAAGCUAUCCUUGAGCUCUUAGCCUCAAAGCUAUUGCUGCUCAUCAUCAGGAG